UCCAGUCCCGUAUCAUACGUGAUGUAGCCCCUGACGUCACGUGACAGACCCAUUUCGGACGUCACACCUUUGUCUCUAGUCCCGUUCAGUGACAACAUCAAUCACGUUCGGCUAUUUCCAUCAAGCCCAUAAAAAAGACGUUUAUGCCAGCACCCUCUGCUGGCAGAUUGUGACAACAUCAUACGUGAUUUAGCCUCUGACGUCACAUCAUUGUCUUUUCCAAUGCAACGACAGCGUUAGGCGCGAUCUGCUCUGCGUUACAAUGGCUGAUUCAGUUACAAGCGCAACUAAAUGUCGCUACUUCCUAGCCGGUGUUUUGGUCGGUGCUUCGUCAUCUGCCGUGGUCUUUAUGUUCUACAGGAGAGCAUCAGCGAAUCAAUCCCACAUUCAGACAACCAAAGCCUCGUGUGAAUCGGACGUUGGAGCAUCUUCUCCAGCAACCAGAUCAGCUGAGGAACUUCCCGGGGAAGAGGCACCUUGCUCUGACGCCGAUACAUUAGCCCUGACUCAAGUCCAGGCCCUGUUGGCAGGAAAGGGAGUAACAUUAAUUGUGUCGUCUGCUCUGAAGAAAGCAAUCUUUCUGGCACAAGGGGCAAAAACAGCAGGACUGAAUAUUGUCCGCAGUGAGGGCUUUGAUGAUACAGAUGAUGACACGAUCCACGUCUUUGGAAAGGGCUCUUCUUUUGUCUAUGGUAAAAGUACAUUCAGGUCGGAGCGGGAUAUUAUCACAGGGAAAACAUUCUCUCUUCAGAAACUCUCAUCGGAGAUAGCUGUAACACAUCCGAGACAGGAAACAGUCGCCGCCCGGAGCUGUGGUUCUGGGACAAGUGUCCCGCCAUUGUCGGAGAUCUUCCCUUUCAGCGUCCUCAACAAGAUGGGGAUAUGUGAGGACCCUUACUUCAGGGAGGAGGACGAAGAAACACAGACUUGUUCGUCAGCAACUGUUUCGAAAACGUCCAACGGGAAAUGUGUUCGUGUGAUCCGAUCGAGACACCGCCAAUCGCCAACUAGCGGUGCCCGGUCUGUUGAUGUAGGCGGUGACAUGGGAGUGGUGCAAACAUACCCCCCGGGCUUCUCUAGGGUGUGGCGGCUCGGCUCAGACUUCCACGACCUGUACCACACAAGAUACGACACAUAUCACAGGAUUGUACAACCAAACCAAACUGUUGUACUGUACACCGGGCACAGGAAGUAAACACACACUUCUAAAUUGUG